AUAUAUACGCACAUAGGAUAGACUGUGUGUAUUUAUAUACCCACGACUCCCUUUCUUUCUCCUCAAGAUGUUGGCGUGGAAUCAUUGAAUAUCAUAUAUUUCUCAAUCAAAGUUUUAAUCUCUACUAUAAAUUUACAACCCCUUUUUGCUAAUUCAUUAUCUUCUGAUCUCACGGAUCGAUAAGUUAUGAUCUUCUCAAGAAUUGGGCGUUCUUUAUCACGCUCCCCGCGUUCCACAAAGAGUUUGUUGACUAAUGGGAGAGCAGCUCUUGUGGGUGAAUCAAUUUUACAAGGUCCUGGUAGUGUUGAUGGGAAAUUAGGGCUUGUGAGGAAGUAUUUAGCUGCUAAUGGAAACCUGGCUGUUUCCAAAGCUUAUUUGUCUGAUUUCAGAUAUCUUCUUGCAAACCCUAGAUUGCAUAGAUAUUUCUCCACUGAAGAGGGGCCUAAAAAGAAGAAUUAUGAGAACUUCUAUCCCAAAGACAAGAAGGAGAUUCCGAAAGGGGAUGAACAGAAGUCACAGUCGAAAGAGGAUUCAAACACAGAUGAUGGUGGUGACUUUCAGUCAGCUUUUAUGAAGCAAAUCCAGAAUCUAAUUAUCCCCUUGUUGGUGAUUGGAAUGUUUUUCUCAUCAUUUCCUUUUGGUGGCCGUGAAGAGAAACAGAUUAGUUUCCAAGAGUUCAAAAAUAAGCUUCUGGAACCAGGUUUAGUGGAUCAUAUAGUGGUUACUAAUAAAACAGUUGCUAAAGUGUAUGUAAGAAGCACACCCUUAAAUCGGUCCAGAGGUGAUGGACCGGUUGCUCAAGGUCCUGAUACUGAUAAUGACACAAGAGGUAAGAAAGGCCAGUAUAAGUAUUAUUUCAAUAUUGGAAGCAUAGAAUCAUUUGAAGAGAAAUUAGAGGAAGCCCAGGAAGCCUUAGGUAUUGACCCCCAUGAUCAUGUUCCCGUUACCUACAAUUCUGAAAUUGGGUGGUAUCAAGAAGUGAUGAGGUUUGCGCCAACACUUUUGUUAUUGGGAACUCUUAUGUACAUGGGACGGAAAAUGCAGGGUGGAUUAGGUGUUGGAGGUGGUGGUGGAAAAGGUGCUCGUGGGAUAUUUAACAUAGGGAAAGCUCACAUUACCAAGGUGGACAAAAAUGCAAAAAACAAGGUUUAUUUUAAAGAUGUUGCUGGCUGUGAUGAAGCAAAGCAAGAAAUCAUGGAGUUUGUACACUUUCUCAAGAACCCUAAGAAAUAUGAGGAACUAGGUGCAAAAAUUCCAAAAGGUGCUUUAUUGGUUGGACCUCCUGGAACAGGUAAAACUCUUUUAGCCAAGGCAACUGCUGGAGAAUCCGCUGUGCCUUUCCUGUCUAUAUCUGGUUCAGAUUUUAUGGAAAUGUUUGUCGGGGUUGGACCAUCUAGGGUGAGAAACUUGUUUCAAGAAGCAAGACAAUGUGCACCUAGUAUUAUAUUUAUUGAUGAGAUCGAUGCUAUUGGUCGAGCAAGAGGACGGGGGGGUUUCUCAGGUUCUAAUGAUGAGCGUGAAAGCACACUCAAUCAGUUGCUUGUAGAAAUGGAUGGAUUUGGUACCACUUCUGGAGUAGUUGUCCUUGCUGGUACUAAUAGGCCUGAUAUAUUAGACAAAGCCCUUUUAAGGCCUGGCAGAUUUGAUAGGCAGAUCUCUAUAGAUAAGCCUGAUAUUAAAGGGAGGGACCAGAUAUUCCAGAUUUAUUUGAAGAAGUUAAAACUUGAUAAUGAGCCAUCGUACUUCUCCCAGAGACUUGCGGCCCUUACUCCUGGAUUUGCUGGAGCAGAUAUUGCAAAUGUUGUUAAUGAAGCUGCUUUAAUUGCUGCGAGGAGUGACCAAACAACAGUGACAAUGGAGCAUUUUGAGGGGGCUAUUGAUAGAGUAAUUGGUGGCUUGGAAAAGAAGAACAAGGUUAUAAGCAAACUUGAGCGUCGGACUGUAGCUUAUCAUGAAGCAGGUCAUGCCAUUGUAGGAUGGUUUUUGGAACACACAGAACCUUUGCUAAAAGUUACUAUCGUUCCUCGCGGUACAGCUGCACUUGGUUUUGCACAAUAUGUACCAAAUGAAAACCUUCUCAUGACCAAGGAGCAGCUUUUUGAUAUGACAUGCAUGACACUUGGUGGUCGUGCAUCUGAGCAGGUUAUGUUGGGUAAAAUCUCGACUGGAGCACAAAAUGACUUGGAGAAAGUGACAAAAAUGACAUAUGCACAAGUAGCAGUCUAUGGCUUUAGUGAGAAGGUGGGUCUCCUUUCUUUCCCUCAGAGAGAGGAUGGUGGCUUUGAGAUGACUAAGCCCUACAGCAACAAGACAGGAGAUAUUAUUGACACUGAAGUGCGAGAAUGGGUGGCCAAGGCUUAUGAAAAGACAAUUGAACUUGUAGAGAAACAUAAAGAGCAUGUCGCUCAAAUUGCAGAGCUUUUGCUUGAAAAGGAAGUACUCCACCAGGAAGACUUGCUCCGGGUUUUAGGUGAACGGCCUUACAAACCUGCUGAGAUGACGAACUAUGAUAAAUUUAAGCAAGGGUUUAUGGAGGAGGAUGACAAGAGCAAACCUGCCACAGAGAGUGUGAGUGAAGAAGAUGAUGACUCAGCACCUCUUGUACCAGAUGUGGUUCCAACUUAAUAUUUGAUCGGACAGGAAGGAGGCUUCCUUUAGUGAUUGUACAUGCAUUUUAAUGAAAAUUUUCUUCCUAAUUUUUACAUUAUUCGCUUUCUUCUACAUUGUCAAGCGAGAAUAUGAUUAUAGAGCUGGACAGACUUUAUUUUGGAGAUGCUUCAUACCUCUGCAGCCGCCCAGCUUGUUAGCAUAGCCUUUAAUUUCUACCAAGUCAGUCUUGUUGUAAUUUCAUUUACACUUUCAUUAAUAAAUUAGUUACUUUGUGUGGA